UUCUGCACUGCCUGUGAGUCUCUGAGCCGCCUGCGAACUCCUUCAAUCAUGAACAAGAUCAUCGUCUAUGAACAUUCUGACUUCCGUGGCAACAGCAGGGAGUUCACCUCUGACGUCCGUAAUUUAGUUGAGCAGAACUUUAAUGACUGCAUCUCCUCGCUGAAGGUCAUCGGGAAUCCAUGGGUGGCGUACAAAGAUGUAAAUUUCAGUGGUGAACCGACCGCCUAUGAGGAAGGAGAAUAUAGUAGCGUGUCCUACAAUGAUGCAAUUUCCUCACUUGAACUGGUGACAGACGACCUGGAUAAUCCUCAGAUUACACUGUAUGAACAUGAUAACUACAUAGGCCAGAGCCUGGUUCUUAACUGUGAGACCAACUUGUCUUACGGAUCUUUUAAUGAUAAAGCAUCCUCUCACAAGGUGCAGAGAGGAGCCUGGGUUCUGUAUCAGCAUAAGGACAGAGGAGGAUUUUGCAUGGUAGCCAGAGCUGGUCGUGAUCUAGCUAACUAUGGCUGGUUCAAUGACCGUGUGACCCACCUCCGUCCUCUUAAAGCGGGCAGAUCCACCAUUAAAGCUGAGAUUGAAUGGGACAAGAAGAAAGAAGAUGUGAAAACUGUUAAGAUCGACUCCCUCACUGGUGUGAAUGAUGGAUCAGAGAAACAAACCUUCACCACUGAGAUGACUCGAGAGUAUUCAGGAUCCGUCACUGAGAGCUUCAACUUUAGCAAUUCCACACAGAUUAGUGUGGGAACCAAAUUUGAAGUUACACUGUUUGGUGCCAAAACAGAGAACACCAUAAAUAUCAGUAACACCUUUACCGUGGAGAAGGGUCACAGCGAAACCAAAACCACAACUAACAGUGUUAAAGUCUCCUUGCCGGCCAGCAUUCCUCCUCACACCAAGCUCACGGUGAACAUGGUGAGGAAGCAGGUGUCUGUUACGGUUCCAGUCAAGCUGACCAUCACCACCGGCUUUACCACUAAGGUUGAGUAUGGAGAGUACAGGUGUGAGGAUGGGAAUUCUAUUUACGCUGAAUACAAGGAGGAGAAGAUCUAGUACAGCUAUGUGAGGAACAAAACACAGAGAAGAGUUAAUGUUGCAAAUAUUCUAAAAAAAAAAUAAUAAUAAUAAUCAAUAGCUUUUGCCCAAUCAGAAUUGAGAAAGGCUCUGUGUUGUUAAAUUAGAUUUAGAUGCAUGUAACAAAACAGAAGACCCUUCUAAUCUUACGUAAGGUUUUUCUUUUUUUUUUGCCUUUUCAUUAAGUAUAAAGUAUUAAAAAAAUACUUUUUUGCUAUGUAACGUUAGUUUCUCUUUGAAAAUUAUUUUAUAUAGUAUACACCCACUUACAUGUAUAAUGAUAAUAUGUUAAGGUGUAAUUUUUUUUGGUUUAAUUAUGUCUUAAUUUUACAAACAGGAAUAAUGAAUGGAAACAAUUAAUCAAUAGCUUACAUGUUAAAUAUG